AUGGAUGUCGCUACAGCAAAACUCAAAUACUACAAUGCCCAACUUGACAAAGAACUUUCAAAGUACCCGCAUGCCCUCAAAGCGGAGCAAGUUACCAACGUUCCAAAAACGUAUCUCGCUAGUGGUGCUGCCUCAAUUGUUUUUUUACUGAUUUUCUUUAACUUUUGGGGACAAUUGUUGUCGAAUCUUUUGGCUUGGGGGUAUCCAGCAUAUGCUUCCUUCAAAGCUAUCGAAAGUAUCGAUAAAGCAGACGAUACGCAAUGGUUAACAUAUUGGCUCGCACUUCCUCAAUUCAAAGGCGCUCAAAUCGUCUAUGGAAGAUUCUUGCGCCCUUUCUUGUUGACUUACCAAAGCGACGUUGACCAAGCCACUAGCAAAUUAAAGAAAAAAAUUGAUCAUGCAGCAAAUACCGUUCUUCACGCUGGGGUUGAUGCUGCUUCGGCACUAAAAGAUGACUGA